GACGUCUACUGUGUAUGUGUGCAACGAAAUGUCAAAACAUUUGACUAUUGUCAUAAUUUCUUUAGUGUUAACAGACAGAGAUGGCUAAAUAAACAAUUGAGCGCAUAGCUGAAGAGACUGAAUACAACAAACUUGCAAUGUAAAAGAGGAGAAAAGAGAAGAAAACAAACGACGAAAACGGAAAAGAAAAAUAGUCGAACACACAGCAAUAGCUAUACUAUAAUCAUUUGAACGAUUAGAACCGUAUUCACACAUUUUUCAUAAAAAUCAUGGAAAUAUUAUCGGUGUAAAAAUUGCCGUACUUUAAGAUGAUUUCGAUGAAAUCAAAUCAAAUGUUUCAUUUUUUACAUGAAAAACCAUUUUAUCACAUUAAAUUGGUCGGAAAUUGUGUUAAACAUGAAAUAAAAACGAAUUUUUAGCACAUCUGUGCCUCAUCGUGUGUCCGCCUAGUAGUACUUAAUCCAUUUUGCACAGUGAUUACGCCAGAACAUAAAAUUAUAAAUAAAUAAAUCAGUUCAAUCGAAUGAAAUACAGAAGAAAAGCGAGAUAAUCACAUUGCAGCGAAAUAGAGAGAGAGCGAGCAAUUAUUUCUCUUUUAAAUCAAAGUGUAUUUGUGUACAACAACAACAAAAAAACAUGCAAACGAUAUUGAUGUGAAUAUAUUUAGCAUUUAAAGAAGUUUGUUUAUUCAGUUCAAGUAAAUUGUUGUGUAAAAUAUUGGUCGAUUUAAAUCGGCAAACACAUCUAUUUCACGCAUUUACAUUUUGUCUUGUGACACAAUCAAAUCAAAAUCACGGCAUAAUAUAUAUAUAUAUAUACACGGCAAAAUGUAUAAAAUUAAUAGAAACUACUGUCUAAUAAUAACCACAGUCAAUUAAAAACAAAAAUAUUAUUACAUGUUUAGUUUCAACGCUAAAUAGAUUUUACACAGUGAAAUCAAUGUGAGAACAACAACAACAAUAGCAAAAAAAAUCAUCAAAUGCAUAGCUUAAAGCGAAUUUUGAGCUCAAUUGUUGGCUCAACCGCCACAAUCAAAUCGAGUGGAACAUCAUCAUCGUCAUCGUCCCGUUUAACCGACAUUCCGAAUAGCCAAUACCAGUAUCAUCAUUAUCAUCAUCAAAAGCAUACUCCUUUAUACUUCAUUAUAAUGCGAUUGAAUUUAAAAGUGGUGCUAGUUCUGCUAUGUUUGGCUGUGUUUCUAUUUACAUUAACAAUUUGGACGCAUUGUGGAGAUUUGGCGCUGGCCAGAGGCUUCCUUCCAAAAUGGGAUCGACGAUUCAAUGAUGAAAAUCAAGAAGCAAUUGUCAAUGUCGAUUGCAUUAUAAAUCAAGAGUAUAGUGUAUCAUGUAUACAAGAUGGUGAUGAGGUGUAUGUGCCAUUUUCAUUUAUUCGUGAUUAUUUUGAAGUGUAUGGUUCGUUGAGUACGAUCGGAAAAGGGGCACCGAAAUUUGAGUGGAGCCAUAGUAAUGCCAAAAUCAAUUAUCCAAAAGGCACAUAUGACCCCAAAGGGAUAUUUAUGUAUUUCGAAAAUUACAACGUUGAGGUAAGAGAUCGUGUAAAAUGCAUAAGUGCAUCGGAUGGUGUGCCGAUAUCAACACAGUGGGAAGCACAGGGUUAUUACUAUCCAACACAGAUCGCUCAAUUCGGUCUAUCGCAUUACAGUAAAAAUUUGACCGAUCCAGAGCCACGCCGAAAAGUGAUCGAAGAUGGUGACGAAAAUCGAUCAAUUUGGAUUGUGCCAAGAGGCAGUAAUUUUUCACGUGUGCACGAAACAAAAGCAUCACAUAAUCAUAUUAUUUCGUUUGCAACACAAAUUCAUUACGAUAGUUCGGUAGAAAUGCAUUUGGACCAUGUACUUGAUUUGGUGCUUAGCAUCGAUAUUGAAUUACAAUCAAAUAGUAGCUUUACGGUAACGAUUCAAAAUCGUGAAACAAAACAAUUGUUCAAUGUACAUUAUGUGGUGAGCGAUGCUCUAUUGACCAUUGCGGAUGAAAGUAAUUUUUACUAUGGAAUUGGUGCGAUAAAUGCCGGCAUUUGGAAACAUUUAACGCGAGAUCUUGUUGUCGAUUUACAAAAGGGCAUUCAACAUAUUCCGGCCACCAGUGUGAGCAAUAAUUUUGGUGGUGGCGGUGGCGCUGUUGGAUUUACCAGUAACGUUGACAAAAUAAAAAAGAAACUUCGACGCAGCGAUAUUAAAGUGACGUCAAUUUCAUUGUUUGGCAUUGGUAAAUUUGACAAUUUAACAUUCUCAACAACCGAACAUUUAACGCAAUUUUAUGAUGCGGCCGAAUGGUUUGUACGAAAUCAAAAUACAAAAACUGGCGGCUGGCCAAAUCCAGUCAAACGGAAAUUAUCCGAAUUUGCUGAAUUGAAACAGGGCUGGUAUUCAGCAAUGGGACAAGGGCAUGCAAUAUCAUUAUUGGCACGAGCAUAUUAUCAUUCGAAUGGCGAUUCAAAGUAUUUAAAAGCAGCAAUAAAUGGCCUUAAACCAUUUCGCAUUCCAUCACGACAAGGUGGCGUUCUAGCUAAAUUCAUGGGCAAAUACGAUUGGUAUGAAGAGUAUCCAACGACACCCGCAUCAUUUGUAUUGAAUGGUUUUAUCUAUUCAUUGCUUGGUUUAUAUGAUUUAAAUGCAACGGCACCACUAAAUCUAUCACGUGAAGCAGCCAUUCUGUUUGAUCAAGGGAUGAUCUCAUUGAAAAAAAUGCUUUUAAUGUAUGACACCGGUUCGGGCAGUGUUUAUGAUUUAAGGCACAUUACUUUGGGUCUUGAACCGAAUAUCGCACGAUGGGACUACCAUGCAACACAUGUUAAUCAAUUGUUAUUGCUAGCAACAAUCGAUCGCGAUCCAUUGAUUUCACGCGUAGCUGAUCGCUGGAGACGAUACAUGCUAGGAAAACGAGCACCACAUAACUAAUUAUUUGCACCGCAUAAAUGAGACUCUUAAUCAUAAAGUGAUUGAUUCGACACACGUGAGCGAAAAAAGGAUCCUAAUUCAGUUUCUUAAUACAUGUAAUAUUUGUUUUUAUUUCAUUUUCAUCAUAUUUUUGCCAUUUGAAUUAAAUUCUCGAUUUUAGUUUCUAUUCACUUAGUCAUAAGAACCUUUUUUACAUAUAUAGUACACGUUAGUUCAUUUAAUUCACAUCACAUUAAAAAAGAAAUCUGAAUAGCUUUUGAUGCAAUUGAUUGUCAAAUAUAAAUGCAAUUUUUUGGUUUGACAUCAAUUUUGUAGUACUUAUAAUUACUAUUUAAAGAAAAAAAAACAAUAUGAAUGAUACUGCAAUGAUUCUCACUUGGUGAUGACCUUUUCGUAACUGCUUUAUUUAAAAAAAAUGUGUUUUGUAAAUACUGUAACUAAAUUUUGUAUAAAGAAAAAUGGAAAAAAAUCGAACGAUAAUGUAAAUAGGUGUAAAAAUAAAGAACUGUAAAAGUUCCAGAUUACAUGAAAUCUAAAACAUUCAUGCGGCAGGGUGGAAUAUUUCAAAAAAAGAAUGCAACAAAAAAUAUAUAUUCGGACAAAAAAAAAAUAAUAGAAAAUAAUGACGUACGUUCUUAAAUUGGUCGAUUGAGAAGAGACCAAAUAAAAACUCAUACUAUAGACUGUUAAAUUAUAGAUUUGUGAAUGAUGAUUUAGUGCUGAAUUAGUUGAAAAAAUAGACAAAUAUGUACGUGGUGUAUUUUUUUGUUUCCUUCGUAUUUUUCAUCGUUCUGCGCACAAACAAGUUACUAUCACUUUUAAUUUAUUAAAGAAAUGCAAACAAAUUGAAUAGACGGUUGUCUUUUGAUUGAUAGAUUUGUGAUUUAGAUUGACAUGAGGAGCAUGCAUCAAAUGCGUCAUAAGUUUUUUUAUUGUAGUUUUCAAUCUAUAGCCGACCACGUCUAAGCCUAAUGUAAUCGGCAAAAUAGCAUUUCAGAGAAGAUCGAAGGAGAAAAACAAAUGAAAUUUGCACUGACAAAACACACAUUCGACACAUAAAUAUUCUAUUUAUUCACCAUCACAAUUAGCAACGAUAAAAUAAAUGAUUUUAUAUACUUAUACAUAUAUAUAUACACACACAUAUACAAUUAUACAUAAGUGUAUGAAGAGUUCUCAUCACUGAUCAGAAAUAAAAUAGCAACUGAAUUUAUAAAUUAAAAAAAAAUUCCGAAGCAUAUAAUAACAAUAAAUUAGUUUUGCACACAGUUUUCGAUCUGUAAAUUAUUAACCAUUUGUAAUUGUUUAUAAAGCUAUAUUGCAUAUUAAUAAUAAUCAAAAAAAACGAGAAGAAGAAAUAUCACUAAUAGACAUAUAAUGAAUGCAUACACAACAAUUUGCACGUAAAUAGUUACAUUUUUAAAUGUGAAUCGCAUACAAUUAAUGAGAGAUAAAAUCGAUUAAAUUUUUUGCAUUAUUGAUUAUGUAUAUUUGUUAUAUUCGCAUUACAAAUGUUUUACAAUAAUUUAAAAUGUUUCCUUUUUCCUUGGAAUGAUUCCCCCUAAAUUUAGUUUUGUUUGCCGAAUUAUUU